AUAUAAAGAGCAAUAUUACAAGUAAAAAAAGAAAAAAAAAAACCACACUUCCAAAUUCCCAAUCCACUCACAACUCACAAACGCAACUCUCAAAAAGCUUACCGAUCAUGGCCUCUGCGUUCGCUACCUCCUUCUUCUUCUUCCUCCUCUUCAACCUCGCUUCACUUCAUCAUCACGUUUUAGCCAGGGACUUAGUGGAAAUCGAAGAAGGGUACACAGUAACCACAGUAAUCGACGGCCACAAGCUUGGCAUCAACCCACGCUCGAUCCUCCCUAAACCUGGAUCGUCCGAUCUCCUACUCCUUGAUUCCGUCAGUAGUAUCGUCUACACUCUAUCUUUUCCCACAUCCAAAGAGAGUAAGGUGAAAGUGAACCGGUUAGCUGGAGCUAGUGAUAGAAAUGGCGGGUAUGCAGAUGGGGAAUUGGAUUCGGCUCGGUUCAAUAAGCCUCGGAGCUUUGCUGUUGAUCUAAAAGGAAAUGUUUAUGUUGCUGAUAAGACUAACCAUGCCAUUCGAAAGAUUAGCAAUACAGGUGUGAAGACGAUUGCUGGAGGAUACUCAAAGAAUCCAGGCCAUCAAGAUGGACCUGCAAAGAAUGCGUCAUUCUCAGAUGAUUUUGAGAUAUCUUUUGUUCCUGAAAAAUGUGCCUUACUGAUUUCAGAUCAUGGGAAUCAAUUGGUCCGCCAGAUUAGUCUCAAGGCUGAGGAUUGUGUCAGGGGUUCUCAAUUUGCAUUGGGAGCAGUUUCAAUUUGGGUUCUGGGACUGGGACUCUCAUGUUUACUUGGCUUGAUUGUGGGGAUUGCAGUUCAGCCUUAUAUCUUUCGUCGUAAAGGCUUCAGCCCCCUGUGUUUCAAGACAUGGAUGCAUUGCCUAAUCCGUCUGGGGAAGCAAGUACUGAUACUCUGCUUCGACAUCAGAAGCGCAGUUGCUAGAGCCUCGUAUUUCACACUCUUGAGGAGACUCUUUUGGUUGAGCCUCUCUCAUCUUUCUCAUAUGUUUAGAAUUUACAAAGUAAAAUCUCCUAUUUCGUGUAAGGAAAAUGUAUCUUUGAUAGAUUGUGAUGACUUAAGUAGUUGUAAAUUAACAAAGUCAGAGAUGUAUGCUGAUCAGUUGAAGGAUCUGAUGCCUAUUGAUGGAGGCCUGGAUUUGUUAAACAUGGCUGACAAAAUUGUCAACCACAGUGAUGAUGAUAAGGAGGGAAGUGAUGACCCUUUGACUGACAGUCAUGGAGACGUAGAUGCUAUGAUACAGGCUAAUAUCAUGGGUGUUGCUGAGCCGGCUAAAGAACAAUGGAGGGGUUUUUGAUAACCCACCAUUUCAGGUUUGGUUAAGCAAAGAUGCAAGUAAUCAAAAGGCGAUUUCCUUGUUAUAUAACUUGUUCUUCUAUUAUGAGGUUUAUAAGUAUUUAGUACUAGUGACUUGUUGAAAAGGCAUUUUCCGUGUUAUAUAUUGUUCUUCUAUUAUGAGGUUUAUAAGUAUGUAGUACUAGUGACUUGUUGAUGACUAUUGCCAGCAAUACUUAAUUUUCCUAUGCUUCA